UUAAAAUUUCGUACUAGUCUAGUCUUUCCGGUUCGGUUCGUUAAUCCUACACACAUAAGGAGCAAUGGAAAGUUCAUUAGAGGAUAAUUUAUACAAAGCAGUACAAUCUGCAGACCGAGGAUCGAUUGUGUGCCUUCUAGACAGAGGCGCAAACCCAAAUAAGAUAGCAAAAAAUGGUAAAACUUCGUUAGGUGAAGCAUGCAAUGUAGGAAAUUUAAGUAUAGUGAAAUUGCUGGUUGAUACAACAAGAUCUAGACAAACUACACAUUCAAGUAGAAAGCGCCAUUUAAAAACGCACAAGCGCAAGAUAAAAAACGAUGGACCUCAGGAAGAAACACUUACUAAAUACAAGAACCCUAGUGAUAGAAAAUGUAUGGGUUUGCAACUUGAAAAUAUAGGCCCAAGUCAGGAUUCCAAAAGAGGUGUCAACCGUGGAUACUUUGUGUUUAUACACAGUGAUGGCUCAAGUAGUGACGAGAGUAGAAUCACCAGCUUGCUGUCUCCUUUGAGUCCAGUGUUGUCAACACCCUCGCCACAUGAUGACUUGGAAUGGGACGAAGAGAUUGGCAAUGUGGCUCCUACCACCAGUGAAGAUGAGACUUGGACUUCAAUGUAUAAAUGGUAUGCUUCAAUAUUAGAAUGCACCGGUGCAGCAAUUGCAUCACAAUCAAUAGAGAUUUAUGGAAUUGAUCAGCAAGAUGCCUUUAUGAGAACUGCAUUACACUAUGCAGCUGAGCGAGGACAUGCAGAGGUUGUGAAAUUGUUGUUAGAUGCAGGAAGCAAAGUGGAAGUAAUUGCCGGCGAUGGUUCCACUCCUCUACACGUCGCCGUAAUUAAGGAUCACCCGGAGAUUGUGAAAAUGCUGUUGUUGGCAGGCUGCCAUGUCAACAACAAGACCCAUGAGAAAAUAACGCCGUUACACUACGCAGCUUCUAAUGGAUUUAUAGAUUUGGUAAAAAUUCUAGUAAACAAUGGUGCUAACUUGGAAGCCAGGGACACCAGUGAGCGCACAGCUCUGUUCUUAGCAGCCGGCAGAGGGCAUGUUGAUGUGGUCAAAUACCUCAUAUCAGUUGGAGCUAAUGUUAAUGGCGAAGAGAUUCAUGGAUAUACGCCACUUUGUGAGGCAGUGUGGCGCAGAUUUCCGGAAGUAGUCGAAGUAUUAUUAUUGUCCAGAGCUCGAAUAACACAUUCCCACAAACUUUUACAUUAUGCUAUAAUACAAAGACAGGAGGAGAUUGUGAAAAUGCUUGCAAAUUACGGCGGAGGGCUGAAUCUCCACAACGAUAAUGGCGACACGCCCCUGCUGCUGGCGGUGAGGUUGUCACAGCCUGGGGUUGCUAGAAUUUUAUUGGAAAAGGGUGCCCAGGUCAAUUCCUGUAACAGCAUAACUGGAGCCACCGCACUCCACAUAGCUGUUGAAAGUAUAGACUGUCCUGAAAUAUUUGAGGAAUUGCUAAUUUGUCUGUUAGAGUAUAGGAUAGAUAUGAACGCGAUAGCGCUUACCGGCGACACUGCCCUGAACAGAGCGUUACUAUUACACAAAGAUCACGCGGCAGUGUUGCAAAUUCGCUACGGAGCCAACGUCAAUGCCUGUGAUUUGCAUUCCUGCGGUUUAGACAACUUAUCAAUAGCAAGUAGGCGACGCUCGAAUAAUCUAGCACGUAUGCUAAUAAAGGCAGGCCAUCAUAUAACUACACCUGAUCCUACCGCAGCGGUCCCUAAACAAGGCACAACAGCCUACUGGCUAUAUCAUAACAGCAGACAACCACAUAGCCUGUCAGACAUUUGUAGAAUGCAAAUUAGAUCUAUGGCUAAGAAAAAAAUACUAUUUCAAUAUAUAUCAACACUGCCUUUACCUACGAGCUUAAAAAGAUUCCUAAUGAUGGAAGAUGAAGGUCUAUAGUUGCUAAUGACCAGUGAAUUGUUAUUAUUACUGAAUUAUUUUUAAAUCAUUAUUUAUAAUGUUGUCUUUAUGAUCAAAAUAAAUAUUUAUAGGUUAUAACUGUUAUAUGCAAGUCAAGUAGGAGAUAGGUCUACCUAUCCUACCUACCCAAGACUCUUUCAUAUCCUAUGUAUGUACUUAAUACUUUAUGAUUUGUUGGUUUUACAUUUUCUAGUCACGUUUGAAUGUUUUACUUACAUAGACUGAUUUCAAAAAUAUUAGAAAAAUGACAGGUGGAUCGUAAUAUAAUUAACAUUGAAUGAUCUUUUGUAGACUAGGUAUCGCAUAUUAACAAUAUGUUACAAGCGAGGCAAUAAUAUAUUAUGAU